AUGACCCCCCGUACACGGGAAGAGAACAGGGCGAAGCGGAGGUCUCUAGAAAAACGACUACUUUUGGGAGACCCACACCCCACUAGUCUCGGAGAUGUACUUAGGGACCAAACUCCACUUUUGAGGAGGGAGAUGUUUAGAAGGCGGCUCUUUCCCAUUCGAUUUGAGGAAUCAGCCAAAAACGUAGAGGAAGUACAGCAACUGCUAAAGCAAAGGCAGCCUGUUAGCCAGCUUGUCAUUUCCUUGCUCUAUCUGGCGGCACUCCUACUUUUCCUCGCAUAUGCUUUGGAGAUUACGAAGAUAUUUGAGGCAACAGACGGUAUCGCGUCCCCGUUGAAAUCCGCGCUGGCGCCCACGCUCUCCAAUUUCAACUCGAUUAGCUAUGAGCUGGCAAAAGCUGAACAGGCGACUUUGUCUCCAGCAUCAAUAGCUGCACUUCCAGACUCGGGCCUCCCAGUGGAUAUCCUUAUGCUGAAGAGUAAAGCUGGUGUGGCUUCUUGGCUCAUGUCGAGCUGGAAGAAGUUGAUGGGUUCGACCUGGGGUAUGAAGGGCUUUGGCCCAUGGCGGCGACUGGAGCCGCCUCGACAAUUUCGGCGGGAAAACUGCGGUCCGACAACCCUCUAA